UGGUUGUUGUGUUUACCCAGAAAGCCACGCGAAAAUACUUCAAAAUAGCUAAGAUUUUUUAGAAAUCUAGAAUCUAGAUAGAAGUCUAGAUUCUAUCUACUUUUGUGAAGUUAAAACAAAAAGAAAAUGCAGCCUUCAUUAACAAGUCUAGAAAUAAUUAAAGUAUCAAAAAAUAUCUCUGAUUUUAGCGAUUCUUCAACUAGUAGUCGGCACGAGAAAAGUCUAGGACUGUUGACAACAAAGUUUGUAACACUGCUUCAAGAAGCAAAAGAUGGAGUUUUGGAUUUAAAAGUUGCUGCUGAUCAACUAGCUGUGAGGCAAAAGCGAAGGAUUUAUGAUAUUACAAAUGUAUUAGAAGGCAUUGGGCUCAUUGAAAAAAAAUCUAAGAACAGCAUACAAUGGAAAGGUUCAGGGCCAGGAAGUAACUCAAGAGACAUUUCUGAACGACUGACCAGUUUGAAGGAUGACUUAGCUGACCUAAGAGAACAAGAACUUGAACUUGAUAAGCACAAACAGUGGGUCCAGCAGAGCAUCAAAAAUGUUACAGAUGAAGUAUCUAACACAAGAUUAGCUUAUGUGACUCAUGAGGACAUAUGCCAUUGCUUUAAAGGUGAAACUUUGUUGGCAGUUCAAGCCCCUUCUGGUACUCAACUUGAGGUCCCCAUACCAGAAAUUGGACCAGGGUUUAAGAAAAACUACCAGAUUCAUUUAAAAAGCCAAAGUGGUGCUAUCAAUGUUCUGCUGGUUAACAAAGAUACUGAUGAAUCAGAGCCAGUUGUUGUUCAAGUUCCUCCACCUAUGCAAGCUGGUCCAAGUACUAGUGGACUCACUGACUCUUUACAGAAUCAAAAUCCUGACCCUGGGAAGCAAACAGACAAAGGAGGAACAGUUACCAGAGGAAAAAGAUCACCAGUGAAACACCCCCUCAAACAGACCCAAGCCCCUGUGAUUAUAGAACCCCCUACACGUAUGGCCACGCGCUCAUCCCCUCGCAAAAGUAUUUCAGAUACAAUGCUAUCAGAACCAUCUACAUCAGCAAGCCAGUCUCAGGCUGACACAAGUCUGGACAUGUUUCAUUUAUUUGAUUCUAAGGUUGAUAUGGAUAUUCCCGGGGAACUGCUGGAUCUAGAUCAGCUUAUGUCAGCAGAUACAUUGACUCCACUACUGUCUCUCAGCCCUCCACCAAGUGGUCGGGAUUACUACUUCAAUCUAGAUGAUACUGAAGGUGCUUGUGAUUUGUUUGAUGUAGAUAUUAGCAACAUGCUGUCUUCAUAGUGCUGAGAUUUCAUCAUUUUUAUAGUUCAGUAUUUUUUGUUGUUGUUAUGCUCAGAAAUUUUGUAAACCAAGAAAUAUAACUGCCCAGGAAAAUUACAGGUAUCACUUCAUUAUUUCGCUAGCACGUUUUGGUAAUUUGAACGAGUGUUCAUUUUGUUUUUAUUUCUUUGUCUAAAUAGUUAAACAUUAGCUCUUACUUUUGUUUUAACGCUGAGCAAAUCAAUUUACUUUAUACUCAGCAAAAUCCAAUUUGUAAUUUUUUGGAAAUGUGAUGAUAAUUAUUUUUCUGUCUGAAGUAAAAUGGCAAACUUUGCACCCCUUGUGAUCUGUACAUAUAGCAGUGCCUUUUAGAAGAAGUUUGUUAUUACUACUCUCAGGCACUUUUUAAACAAGAUUUCUCAAUGAAAAUUUUGGUCUCUCUUUGUGUUUGUGUACAUAGUUGAUCUUAAAGGGCAAACUUGUCCUAUCCAAAUUAAUGAAAGUUGUAUCUGGGCUAUACAGGCUUUAGUUCCUUUUCUUUAUAAAGUAAGAUUUUGAUUGUUUACAUGUAUGUACACAAUUCAAUUUGAAGACUUUUUAUGACUUCUCCAGCUUAGCCCAUCUUAUGUACAUGAUGCUCAGGCAUUUUGAGCCUGUUUAAUUUGUAUUCAUUGUUGAUGUAUGCAGCAUUGUUAUUGGUGGAUUGAAGGUUUACAAAGAAAAGCAAUGAGUUGCUAUUGUCCUUUUUUAAUUUAUGUGUUGACUGGUAGCUUUUAGUCACCAGAUGUCUUUAGUUGCCCUAGGGCCACAGACAUGUUUAUCUAUCAGCCACUAACUGCUGUAAAAUAUACGUUUUAUCAAAAGAAUUCCUGUAGAACUGAUUGAACAGUUUCUAUCCAACAGACAUUGAGUGGGUUUGUUUUUUUUUAAAGUUGUGCUGAUUUUUUUUUUUUUUAAAUUUCUGACCUGUUUUACUUAAAGUUGAGCUACUAGCAACUUUUAAAGUUUGUUACACAUUAGCAAGAAGAAACGGGAUUCUCUAAAUUUGCUGUCUUAUUUAUAAUCUUUAGUGUCCUCAACUAGUAUCAAUGUGCAAGUAACAUUCUCUCACUUGAUUUGACAACAAAACAAAAUAAUUUUGUGUGUUUGACUUGUGAAAAUAGUGGCAUGUUACUAUGUAGGCCAUACUGGGUUUAUGACUUGAAUGAAAAACUGGUUGAUAUAAUUGAAUGACUGGUUAUUAUUACAUACCUCACCUUUGCUGGGAUUUUUUUUUUUUUUUUUGCUGUUAGGUUUUUUACUGCCAUUGUCACACUAUUUAAUUAAUAUAAGGAUUGCUUUCAAAGAAUUAACUGUACAUAUUUUAAGAUUUAUGUACCACUUGUUAUAAUAAAUGAAAGGAUUUUUGUGUAUGAUAUCAAUAGGAUUGUAUUCUUGCUUGCAUAUAUUCAAAUAUUUUCAGUGGGUUACUGCAAGGCUUGGGGUUCUGAUAAUUAUCUGUAGAACAAGCACAAAGCCAGUAGUUUGACAUCCUCUUGUAAAUAAAUUAGAAACAGCUUAGUUCUGUUCACCUGCAUUAAUGCAUCAGUUUUGGAGUCUAAACAUUCCUUUAUUUUGAACUGUUACUAAAAGAUUUGUGUGUGCCUUGCUGUAACCAUCUGAAACCCAAAGUGUUCAAUCACCCACAUUAUCUCCCCUAUUUUAAACUUUUAUUCAUUUAGUGUAAAUGUUCUGUUGUUUUAAAUAUUUGUUACGCAGCUUGUAUAUUUAGGUUUUUGUUGAUUUAGUAAAUAAAUAACAUUUAAAUAUAAACUAGAUUUUUGUUUAUGUUUAUUGCAAGCAAUUUGCCCGAUUUGCAGCUUGUAAAUAAUAGCAAUCAUUCAUUAUUGAUUAAACACAGAGUCCA